AAAUUCUUGAAGGCUGUAGUUCAUCAGCCGGUAUACCGCAUGCUGCUGCUCAGCUUCAUGGAACAAGAACAAGGGUGGAUCAACGGUCGCUGAGUGAAAGCAUAGCCUACAUAGCUGCCGAGUCUUCGUUUCUCCAUCAAAAUUGCACUGCUUUUCAUAGUAUUCACUGGACGUUACCCUGCUCAGUUAGCUAGUUAAGAUGUCAGUUGUCGGAUUCGACGUGGGAUAUUUGAACUGCUAUGUAGCAGUAGCCCGAGCCGGUGGGAUUGAAACGGUCGCCAACGAGUACAGCGACCGGUGUACACCAGCAUGUGUUUCUUUUGGGCCACGGAAUAGAUCAAUUGGUGCAGCUGCAAAAAGCCAGGUUGUCACAAACUGUAAGAACACGGUGCAGGGCUUCAAGAGGUUUCACGGUCGGGCGUUCUCGGAUCCAUUUGUGCAGCGCCUCCAAUCCAGUCUGGUCUACGAUGUUGCACAAAUGCCUACAGGAACGACUGGAAUCAAGGUUAUGUACAUGGAAGAGGAGAAGGUGUUCAGCAUUGAACAGGUCACCGCCAUGCUUCUCACCAAGCUGAAGGAGACGGCAGAAGGUGCACUGAAGAAGCCCGUAGCUGACUGUGUAGUCUCUGUUCCAUGUUACUUCACUGACUCUGAGAGGAGAUCAGUGGUGGAUGCUGCACAGAUUGCAGGACUCAACUGCUUGAGACUCAUGAAUGAGACUACUGCAGUGGCUUUGGCAUAUGGGAUCUAUAAGCAGGAUCUACCCGCUCCUGAGGAGAAGGCCAGGAAUGUGGUGUUUGUAGACCUGGGCCAUUCUGGAUACCAGACAUCAGUGUGUGCCUUCAACAAGGGCAAACUCAAGGUUCUUGCCACAGCCUGUGAUGCUGAGUUGGGAGGCAAGGACUUUGAUGAGGUAUUAGUCAGGUAUUUCUGUGAGGAAUUUGCCAAGAAGUACAAGCUGGAUGUGAAGUCCAAGCCCCGGGCUCUGGUCAGGCUUUACCAAGAGUGUGAGAAACUGAAAAAGCUCAUGAGUGCCAACUCCUCCGACCUGCCGCUUAACAUCGAGUGCUUCAUGAACGAGAUUGACGUAACGGGAAAGCUCAAUAGGGGUCUAUUUGAAGAGAUGAGUGCAGACAUUUUGGCCAGAGUGGAGCCUCCCCUGCAGAGACUUCUGGAACAAUCCAAACUAAAAAAGGAAGACAUCUAUGCGGUAGAGAUUGUGGGUGGGGCUUCCAGGAUCCCGGCCGUCAAAGAGAGGAUCAGCAAAUUCUUUGGGAAGGAAUUAAGCACCACGCUGAAUGCUGACGAGGCAGUGGCCAGAGGAUGUGCUUUGCAGUGCGCAAUCCUGUCACCUGCCUUCAAAGUGCGUGAAUUCUCCAUCACAGACGCCGUUCCGUAUCCCAUCUCCUUGAAGUGGCAUUCUGCUGCUGAGGAAGGUGUAAGUGAUUGCGAGGUGUUUCCCAUGAACCACGUGGCACCUUUUUCCAAAGUGUUGACGUUCUACCGCAAGGAGCCUUUCUCUUUGGAAGCCUACUACAACAGUCCUAAUACGCUGCCGUACCCUGAUCCUACCAUCGGCCAGUUCCUGAUCCAGAAAGUUGUCCCGCAGGCAUCUGGCGAAAGCUCCAAGGUAAAAGUUAAGGUGCGAGUGAACAUUCACGGAAUCUUUAGUGUGUCCAGCGCUUCUCUGGUCGAAGUGCUCAAAUCUGAUGAGACAGACGAACCCAUGGAGACUGAGCAGGCCAAUGAAAAGGAUGGAGAGAACAAGAUGCAGACUGACCAGGAGGAGCCGCAGGAUGAGGGAGAUGGUCCGAAAGAACAAGAUGAAAAGACCCCUCGAGAGAAUGAGGAGAUGGAGACUACCACAGAGGAGGGCAAAGGCGAGAAGAAGUCUGACCAGCCUCCUCAAGCCAAAAAGCCCAAAGUCAAAACAAAAGUCCUGGAGCUUCCUAUUGAAAACAGUCCACAGUGGCAGCUGGCAGAUGACAUGCUCAAUCUUUUUGUAGAAAAUGAGGGUAAGAUGAUCAUGCAGGACAAGCUGGAAAAGGAGAGGAACGACGCCAAGAAUAAUGUGGAAGAGUACGUGUACGAGAUGAGGGACAAACUCCACGGCAUGCUGGAGAAGUUUGUUGGAGAAGCUGAGAGAGAUGCUUUGUCAGUAAAACUUGGGGAUACUGAGAACUGGCUGUAUGAGGAUGGAGAGGACCAAUCCAAGCAGGUGUACAUUGACAGACUGGCAGAGUUGAAGAAACUCGGGCAGCCCAUCCAGGAUCGAUUCAAUGAGGCUGAGGAGAGACCUAAGACAUUUGAAGAAUUGGGGAAACAAAUCCAGCAGUAUAUGAAAUUUGUUGAAGCGUGCAAAAUGAAGGAGGAACAGUACGACCAUCUAGAUGAGGCAGACGUCACCAAAGUGGACAAACUGGCCACUGAAGUGAUGAUGUGGAUGAACAGCGCCAUGAACCAGCAAAGCAAACAGAGCUUGACAAUGGAUCCCUCCAUCAAAGUGCAAGAAAUUCAAGCAAAAACCAGGGAACUAUUCUCUGCCUGCAACCCUAUCGUGACCAAGCCCAAACCCAAGGUAGAGUUGCCAAAGGAGGAAACGCCAGCAGAGCAGAACGGGCCUGUGAACGGACAGGAGAAAGCCCCGGAAGACGGCGCAGACAAAGGAACGAGCGAGAGCACAGGCAACGCCACCUCAGAAACGGCAAACAAGCCUGAGAUGGACCUUGACUAAAAGCUCCAAAGUUAGGGGCUAGCUGCUUUGAGAAUGAGUUGCAGUCUUGAGUGUAUAUCAGUGCAGGUGGGAGCGUUUCAGGAAAUGCACUUCAGUCAACAGGCAGAGUUUUUUUAGCACACUAAUCCCAGCUCCGCGUGGUGGCUCUAUCUGAAUGCCAUGGCAUCCAUCACACUCUCUCUUUUUUUUUUCUUUUUUUUUUUCCUCCCCCUGAUGACAUAAUUCCGAAGCCAGCUGCAAUAAGCCUGUUUGACAAUGAGCGCCGUACACAUGAUGGUAUUUAUUUCUGUUGUGUGCUCUCUGUACGUGUUCUGGUCUGUGUCACAAUAUGGUUUUAAUAAAGGUAUUGAAAAUGGCUUGUACUGUAAGAAAUCGA